CCCCCUUAUCUGGCCCCGGCUGCGCGCCCCACAGCGGGCAGGGGGCGGAGCUUGCUGUCGCCCCGCCCGUCCCGCGCCUCACGGGGAGGAGGAGGAGCCGCGGCGGGGCCCGCACUGCAGCGCCAGCGUCUUAGCUGGCGGCCGAGCUCCUGGAGCGACCUGGCCCCGAGCGCGGAGCGGGUGUCGCGCAGCAGCAGCAGCAGCAGACCGUGGCCGCAGCCCUAUCCCACCCGGCUCCAGCCAUGCAGUCCGCGGGCCCCGCCUGAGCCGCGGCCUCCGCGCGCGGGCGGGCCUGGGGCCGGCGGGGCCAUGCGCGCGCUACCCUGACGAUGCCGCCCGCCGCGCCCGCCCGCCUGACGCUGGCCCUGGGCCUGGGCCUGUGGCUCGGGUCGCUGGCGGGGGGCUCCGGGCGCGGCUGCGGGCCUUGCGCGCCCCCCUGCCUCUGCGGCCCGGCUCCCGGCGCCGCCUGCCGCGUCAACUGCUCGGGUCGCGGUCUGCGGACGCUCGGGCCCGCGCUGCGCAUCCCCGCGGACGCCACUGCGCUAGACGUGUCCCACAACCUGCUCCAGGCGCUGGAUGUCGGGCUUCUGGCAAACCUCUCGGCGCUGGCAGAGCUGGACAUAAGCAACAACAAGAUUUCCACGUUAGAAGAAGGACUAUUUGCUAAUUUAUUUAAUUUAAGUGAAAUAAACCUGAGUGGGAACCCGUUUGAGUGUGACUGUGGCCUGGUGUGGCUGUCACGGUGGGUGAAGGAGCAGCAGGUGCGAGUGGUACAGCCCGAGGCAGCCACGUGCUCUGGGCCUGUCUCCCGGGCUGGCCAGCCUCUGCUCAGCAUCGUCUUGUGGGACAGUGGCUGUGGUGAGGAGUAUGUCGCCUGCCUCCCUGACAACAGCUCGGGCACCAUGGAAGCAGUGGCCUUUUCACCUGCCCACGAGGGCCUGCUGGAGCCCGAGGCCUGUAGCGCCUUCUGUUUCUCUACCGGCCAGCACCUUGCAGCCCUCUCAGAGCAGGGCCAGUGCCUGUGUGGAGCGGCAUCCCCUAAUGCCUCCUCUGCCUGCCUGGCCCUCUGCUCCAGCCCUCUGCCACCCCCUGCCCCUGCCUGUGGGGGCCCCACCCUCCUCCAGCACGUCUUCCCUGCUUCCUCAGGUGCCGCCCUGGUGGGGCCCCAUGGACCCCUGGCCUCUGGCCAGCCAGCAGCCUUCCACAUUGCCGCCCCCCUCCCCAUCACUGCCGCACACUGGGACUUUGGGGAUGGCUCCCCUAAGGUGGAUGGCGCAGGCCCAGUGGCCUUGCACCGCUAUGUGCUGCCUGGGCACUAUCGUGUGACGGCUGUGCUGGCCCUGGGGGCUGGCUCAGCCCUGCUGGAGACAAACGUGCAGGUGGAAGCAGUACCUGCCACCCUGGAGCUUGUGUGCCCAUCCUUAGUGCAGAGUGAUGAGAGCCUCCAGCUCAGCGUCCGGAACCGUGGCGGCUCAGGCCUAGAGGCCACCUACAGCAUCGUGGCCUUGGGUGAGGAGCCUACCCGAGUGGUGCACCCGCUCUGUCCCUUGGACACAGAGAUCUUCCCUGGCAAUGGGCACUGCUACCGCCUGGUGGUGGAGAAGGCGGCCUGGCUGCAGGCACAGGAGCAGUGCCGGGCCUGGGCUGGGGCUGCCCUGGCCAUGGUGGACAGUCCUGCUGUGCAGCGGUUCCUGGUCUCCCAGGUCACCAGGAGCCUGGACGUGUGGAUUGGUUUCUCAGCUGUGCAGGGGGCGGGCCCAGCACCUCAGGGCGAGGCCUUCAGCCUGGAGAGCUGCCAGAACUGGCUGCCUGGGGAGCCACACCCAGCUACCGCCGAGCACUGCGUCCGGCUGGGGCCCACUGGGUGGUGCAACACUGACCUGUGCUCAGCACCCCACAGCUAUGUCUGUGAGCUGCGGCCCGGAGGCCCAGUGCAGGAUGCCGAGAACUUCCUCGUGGGAGCGCCCAGUGGGGACCUGCAGGGACCCCUGAUACCUCUGGUGCAGCAGGAUGACCUGUCAGCCCCACGUCAGCCUGUGGAGGUCAUGGUAUUCCCGGUCCUGAGUCUUAGCCAAGAAGCCUUCCUCACCACAGCAGAAUUUGGGACCCAGGAGCUCCUGCAGCCUGCCCAGCUGCGCCUGCAGGUGUACCGGCCCCUCAGCACAGCAGGAACCCCGGAGAAUGGCAGUGAGCCUGAGAGCGGGUUCCGGGAUAACAGGACCCAGCCGGCCCCCGAGUGCAUGCCAGGGGGAUGCUGGUGCCCUGGAGCCAACGUCUGCCUACCGCUGGACGCUUCCUGCCACUCCCAGGCCUGUGCCAACAGCUGCAUGUCAGGGCCAGGACUCCCCAAGGCCCCCUACAUGCUAUGGAGGGAGUUCCUCUUCUCUGUUCCCGCGGGGCCCCCCGCACAGUACUCGGUUACCCUCCGCGGCCAGGAUGUCCUCAUGCUCCCCGGUGACCUCGUGAGCUUGCAGCACGACGCUGGCCCUGGUGCCUUCCUGCACUGCCCGCUGGCUUCCAGCAGCCCUGGCCUCCAAGCCCCAUACCUCUCCGCCAACGCCUCGGCCUGGCUGCCCCGCCUGCCUGCCCAACUGGAGGGUGCUCGGGCCUGCCCUGCCUGUGCCCUGCGGCUGCUUGUGGCCACGGAGCGGUUCACUGUGCUGCUGGGUCUCAGGCCGAACCCUGGGCUGCAGCUGCCUGGGCACUAUGAGGUCCGGGCUGAGGUGGACAAUGGCGUGUCCAGGCACAGCCUGUCCUGCAGCUUCAACGUGGUCUCCCCGGUGGCUGGGCUGCGGGUCAUCGCCCCUGCCCCCCAUGAUGGCCGCCUUUACGUGCCCACCAAUGGCUCAGCCUUGGUGCUCCAGCUGGAUUCUGGUGCCAAUGCCACGGCUACGGCUCGCUGGGCUGGGGGCAAUGUCAGCGCCCGCUUUGAGGCCACCUGCCCUGCCCUGGUAGCCACCCUUGUGCCCAGCUGCCCCUGGGAGACCAACGAUACCCUGUUCUCAGUGAUAGCGCUGCCAUGGCUGAGUGAGGGGGAGCAUGUGCUGGAGGUCGUUGCGGAAAAUAGCGCCAGCCGGGCCAAUCUCAGCCUGCAGGUGAUGGCGGAGGAGCCCAUCUGUGGCCUCCGAGCUAUGCCCAGCCCCGAGGCCCGUGUGCUGCAGGGAGUUCUAGUGAGGUACAGCCCAGUGGUGGAUGCCGGCUCGGAUGUGGUCUUCCGGUGGACCAUCAACGACAAGCAGUCCCUGACCUUCCAGAACAUAGUCUUCAAUGUCAUUUAUCAGAGUUCGGCGGUCUUCAAGCUCUCACUGACAGCCUCCAACCAUGUGAGCAAUGUCACCGUGAACUACAAUGUCACCGUGGAGCGGAUGAACAGGAUGCAGGGCCUGCAGGUCUCCACGGUGCCGGCCGUGCUGUCCCCUGACGCCUCACUGCUGCUGACGGCGGGCGUGCUGGUAGACUCGGCUGUGGAGGUGGCCUUCCUGUGGACCUUUGGGGACGGGGAGCAGGCCCUCGGCCACUUCCAGCCUCCGUACGAUGAGUCCUUCCCGGUUCCAGACCCUUCAGUGGCCCAGGUGCUGGUGGAGCACAACGUCACGCAUACCUACACUGCCCCAGGUGAGUACAUCCUGACUGUGUUGGCAUCCAACGCCUUUGAGAACCUGACGAAGCAGGUGCCUGUGAGCGUGCGUUCUGUCCUGCCCUCGGUGGCUGUGGGCAUGAGUGACAGUGUCCUGGUGGCCGGCCGGCCCGUCACCUUCUACCCACACCCGCUGCCUGCGCCCGGCGGUGUCCUGUACAUAUGGGACUUCGGGGACGGCUCCCCAGUCCUGAUGCAGAGCCAGCCGGCCACCAACCACACCUACACCUCAAGGGGCACCUACCGUGUACGCCUGGAGGUCAACAACACAGUGAGCAGCGCGGUGGCCCAAGCAGACUUGCGCGUCUUUGAGGAGCUCCGUGGGCUCAGCGUGGACAUGAGCCUGGCCGUGGAGCAGGGCGCCCCCGUGGUGGUCCGCGCCGCGGUAGAGACAGGCGACAACGUCACAUGGACUUUUGACAUGGGGGACGGCACCGUGCUGUCGGGCCCUGAGGCCACCGUUGAGCAUGUGUACCUGCAGGCACAGAACUGCACGGUGACUGUGGGCGCGGCUAGCCCCGCUGGCCGCCUGGCUCAGAGCCUGCACGUGCUGGUCUUCGUCCUAGAGGUGCUGCGCAUCGAACCUGCCACCUGCAUCCCAACACAGCCCGACGCGCGGCUCAAGGCCUAUGUUACUGGGGACCCAGCCCACUACCUCUUUGACUGGACCUUUGGGGAUGGUUCCUCUAACAGGACUGUGCAGGGGUGCCCGGAGGUGACACACAACUUCACGCAGAGCGGCACAUUCCCCCUGGCACUUGUACUGUCGAGCCGCGUGAACAAGGCACAUUACUUCACCAGCAUCUGCGUGGAGCCCGAGGUGGGCAACGUCACCCUUCGGCCAGAGAAACAGUUCCUGCAGCUGGGGGUUGCGGCCCGGCUGGUGGCGUGCGUCUGGCCCCCAUUCCCCUACCACUAUGCCUGGGACUUUGGCACUGAGGAAGCCACCUCUGCCCGCGCUGCGGGCCCUAGGGUGACCUUCACCUACCGAGACCCAGGCUCCUAUCUGGUGACAGUCACCGUGUCCAACAACGUCUCUGCUGCCAACGACUCGGCCCUGGUGGAGGUGCAGGAGCCUGUGGUGGUCACAGACAUCGAGGUCAAUGGCUCCCUCGUGCUGGAGCUGCAGCAGCCGUACCUGUUCUCUGCUGUGGGCCGCGGGCGACCUGCUAGCUACCUGUGGGAUCUGGGGGACGGUGGACAGCUGGAGGGUCCUGAGGUCACCCACACUUACAACAGCACUGGCGACUUCACUGUCAGAGUGGCUGGCUGGAAUGAGGUGAGCCGCAGCGAGGCCUGGCUCAACGUGACGGUGAAGCGGCGAGUACGGGGGCUUGUCAUCAACGCCAGCCGCACGGUGGUGCCCCUGAACGGGAGCGUGAGCUUCAGCACCUUGCUGGAGGCGGGCAGUGAUGUGCGCUACUCCUGGGUACUCUGUGACCGCUGCACACCCAUCCCUGGGGGCCCUACCAUGUCCUACACCUUCCGUUCAGUGGGCACCUUCAAUGUGAUUGUCACAGCUGAGAACGAGGUGGGCUCUGCCCAGGACAGCAUCUUCAUCUAUGUCCUGCAGCUCAUCGAGGGGCUGCAGGUGGUGGGUGGUGGUGGCUACUUCCCCACCAACCACACAGUGCAGCUGCAGGCCGUGGUCCGGGAUGGCACCAACAUUUCCUACAGCUGGGCUGCCCAGCGGGAGGGGGGCCCGGCCCUGGCCGGCAGCGGCAGAGCCUUCUCACUCACCACGCUUGAGGCUAGCACCUACCACGUGCAGCUGCGGGCCACCAACAUGCUGGGCAGCGCCUGGGCUGACUGUACUGUGGUCUUCGUGGAACCCGUGGGGUGGCUGAUGGUGGCCGCUUCCCCGAACCCAGCUGCCAUCAACAUGAGUGUCACCCUCAGUGCCGAGUUGGCUGGCGGCAGUAGUGUUUUAUACACUUGGUCCUUGGAGGAGGGACUGAGCUGGGAGACCCCUGAGCCGUUUACCACCCACAGUUUCCCCAUGCCUGGCUUGCAUUUGGUCACCGUCACAGCAGGGAACCCGCUAGGCUCGGCCAACGCCACCAUGGAAGUGGCCGUGCAGGUGCCUGUGAGUGGCCUCAGCAUCAGGGCCAGCGAGCCAAGUGGCAGCUUCGUGGCAGCCGGCUCCUCUGUGCCCUUCUGGGGGCAGCUGGCCACGGGCACUGAUGUGAGCUGGUGCUGGGCUGUGCCCGGUGGCGGCAGCAAGUACGGCCCGCAUGUCACCAUGGUCUUCCCCGAGGCUGGUGCCUUCUCCCUUCGGCUCAACGCCUCCAACGCAAUCAGCUGGGUCUCAGCCACACACAAUCUUACAGUGGAGGAGCCCGUCGUGGGCCUGGUGCUGUGGGCCAGCAGCAAGGUGGUGGCGCCUGGGCAGCUCGUCCACUUUCAGAUACUGCUGGCUGCCGGGUCAGCCGUCACUUUCCGCCUGCAGGUGGGUGGGGCCGGCCCCGAGGUGCUCUCUGGGCCCCGUUUCUCCCGCAGCUUCCCCCACGUUGGAGACCACGUGGUAAGUGUGCAGGGCGAGAACCAUGUGAGCUGGGCCCAGGCUCAGGUGCGCAUCGUGGUGUUGGAGGCUGUGAGUGGGCUGCAGGUGCCCAACUGCUGCGAGCAGGGUAUUGCCACGGGCACUGAGCGGAACUUCACAGCCCGUGUGCAGCGCGGCUCUCGGGUCGCCUACGCCUGGUACUUCUCGCUGCAGAAGGUCCAGGGCGACUCACUGGUCAUCCUUUCGGGCCGUGACGUCACCUACACGCCUGUGGCCGCAGGGCUGCUGGAGAUCCAGGUGCGCGCCUUUAAUGCCCUGGGCAGCGAGAACCGCACACUGGUGCUGGAGGUCCAGGAUACCAUCCAGUAUGUGGCCCUGCGGAGCAGCCCCUGCUUCACCAACCGCUCAGCACAGUUUGAGGCCACCACCAGCCCCAGCCCCCGGCGUGUGGCAUACCACUGGGACUUUGGGGAUGGGGCCCCAGGAUGGGACACAGAUGAGCCCAGGGCUGAGCACACCUACCUGAGGCCCGGGGACUACCGUGUGCAGGUGAAUGCCUCCAACCUGGUGAGCUUCUUCAUGGCGCAGGCCACGGUGACUGUCCAGGUGCUGGCCUGCCGAGAGCCAGAGGUGGACCUGGCCCUGCCCCUGCAGGUGCUGAUGCGGCGUUCCCAGCGCAACUACCUGGAGGCCCAUGUUGACCUGCGUGACUGUGUCACCUACCAGACAGAGUACCGCUGGGAGGUGUACCGCACUGCCAGCUGCCAGCGGCCUGGGCGUAUAGCUCGCAUGGCCCUGCCUGGCGUGGACGUGAGUCGGCCUCAGCUGGUGCUGCCGCGGCUGGCACUGCCCGUGGGCCACUACUGCUUCGUGUUUGUCGUGUCAUUUGGGGACACGCCGCUGGCACGGAGCAUCCAGGCCAACGUGACAGUGGCCCCCGAGCGCUUGGUGCCCAUUGUUGAGGGUGGCUCGUAUCGUGUGUGGUCGGAUACACAGGACCUGGUGCUGGAUGGGAGUGAGUCCUAUGAUCCUAACCUAGAGGAUGGCGACCAGACACCCCUCAGCUUCCACUGGGCCUGCGUGGCUUCAACACAGAGGGAGGCUGGCGGGUGUGCAUUGAACUUUGGGCCCCGAGGAAGCAGCAUGGUCACCAUUCCCCGGGAGCGGCUGACAGCUGGCGUGGAGUAUACCUUCAGUCUGACUGUGUGGAAAGCUGGCCGCAAGGAGGAGGCCACCAACCAGACGGUGCUAAUCCGGAGCGGCCGGGUGCCCAUUGUGUCCUUGGAGUGUGUGUCCUGCAAGGCACAGGCUGUGUACGAAGUGAGCCGCAGCUCCUACGUGUACCUGGAGGGCCGCUGCCUCAACUGCAGCAGCGGCUCCAAGCAAGGGCGCUGGGCGGCACGCACCUUCAGCAACAAGACACUGGUGCUGGACGAGACCACCACGUCCACAGGCAGUGCAGGCAUGCAGCUGGUGCUGCGGCGGGGCGUGCUGCGUGAUGGCGAGGGCUACACCUUCACGCUCACGGUGCUAGGCCACUCGGGUGAGGAGGAGGGCUGUGCCUCCAUCCGCCUGUCCCCCAACCGACCACCUCUGGGGGGCUCGUGCCGCCUCUUUCCCCUGGGCGCUGUGCACGCCCUCACCACCAAGGUGUACUUCGAAUGCUCAGGCUGGCAGGAUGCGGAGGACUCCAGUGCCCCCCUGGUGUAUGCCCUGCUGCUGCGGCGCUGUCGCCAGGGCCACUGUGAGGAGUUUUGUGUCUACAAGGGCAGCCUCUCCAGCUAUGGGGCUGUGCUGCCUCCGGGUUUCAGGCCACACUUCGAGGUGGGCCUGGCUGUGGUGGUGCAGGACCAGCUUGGAGCCGCUGUGGUCGCCCUCAACAGGUCUCUGGCCAUCGUCCUUCCAGAGCCCAACAGCAGCGCGGCGGGGCUUACGGCCUGGCUGCACGGGCUCACGGCCAGCGUGCUCCCGGGACUGCUGCGGCAGGCUGACCCCCAGCAUGUCAUUGAGUACUCGCUGGCCCUGGUCACCGUGCUGAACGAGUACGAGCAGGCCCCGGACACGGCAGCAGAGCCCGAACAUGAGCGGCAGCGCCGAGCUCAGAUACGCAAGAACAUCACAGAGACCCUGGUGUCCCUGCGGGUCCACACCGUGGAUGACAUUCAGCAGAUCGCCGCUGCACUGGCCCAGUGCAUGGGGCCCAGCAGGGAGCUCGUGUGCCGCUCGUGCCUGAAGCAGACACUGCACAAGCUGGAGGCUAUGAUGCGGAUCUUGCAGGCGGAGACCACCGCAGGCACUGUGACCCCCACAGCCAUUGGAGACAGCAUUCUCAACAUCACAGGUGACCUCAUCCACCUGGCCAGCUCCGAUGUGCAGGGGCCGCAGCCCUCGGAGCUGGGGGCCGAGCCGCCAUCAAGGAUGGUGGCAUCCCGGGCCUACAACCUGACCUCUGCCCUCAUGCGCAUCCUCAUGCGCUCCCGAGUCCUCAAUGAGGAGCCCCUGACACUGGCGGGUGAGGAGAUUGUGGCCCAGGGCAAGCGCUCAGACCCUGGGAGCCUGCUGUGCUAUGGCAGUGCCCCAGGCCCCGGCUGCCACUUCUCCAUCCCCGAGGCUUUCAGCGGGGCCCUGUCCAACCUCAGCGAUGUGGUGCAGCUCAUCUUCCUGGUGGACUCCAACCCCUUUCCCUUCGGUUACAUCAGCAACUACACUGUCUCUACGAAGGUGGCCUCCAUGGCGUUCCAGACACAGGCCGGCACCCAGAUCCCCAUUGAGCGGCUAGCCUCGGAGCGUGCCAUCACUGUCAAGGUGCCCAACAACUCAGACUGGGCCGCCCUUGGCCACCACAGCCCUGCCCACUCUGUCGUGGUCCAGCCUCAGACCUCUGUCGGCGCCGUGGUCACCCUGGACAGCAGCAACCCUGCGGCCGGACUGCACCUGCAGCUCAACUACACGCUGUUGGAUGGUCGCUACCUUUCUGAGGAACCCGAGCCCUACCUGGCAGUCUACUUGCACUCGGAACCCCGGCCCAACCAGCACAACUGCUCGGCCAGCAGGAAGAUCCGGCCCGAGUCACUGGAGGGAACCGACCACAGGCCCUACACCUUCUUCAUUGCCCCGGGGAAUGGAGACCCAGCGGGGAGUUACUAUCUGAACCUCACCAGCCACUUCCACUGGUCGGUGCUGGAGGUGUCUGUGGGCCUGUACACGUCCCUGUGCCAGUACUUCAGCGAGGAAGACAUGGCAUGGAGGACAGAGGGGCUGCUGCCCCUAGAGGAGACCUCACCCCAGCAGGCCGUCUGCCUCACCCGCCAUCUCACUGCCUUUGGUGCCAGCCUCUUCGUGCCCCCAAGCCGUGUCCACUUCAUGCCUCCCGAGCCAACAGUGGGCGUAAACUACAUUGUCCUGCUGACAUGCACCGUGUGCCUGGUGACCUACGCAGUCAUGGCUGCCAUCCUUCACAAGCUGGACCAGCUGGACGCCAGCCGGGGCCGAGCCAUCCCCUUCUGCGGGCAGCGGGGCCGCUUUAAGUACGAGAUUCUCGUCAAGACAGGCUGGGGCCGAGGCUCAGGAGAGACACAGCUCCAUCGUGUUGGCAAGGCUGGUCUCAAACUCCUGACCUCAGGCACCACAGCCCAUGUGGGCAUCAUGCUCUAUGGGGUGGACAGCCAGAGCGGCCACCGGCACCUGGAUGGCGACAGAGCCUUCCACCGCAACAGCCUGGACAUCUUCCAGAUCGCCACCCUGCACAGCCUGGGCAGCGUGUGGAAGAUCCGAGUGUGGCAUGACAACAAAGGGCUCAGCCCCGCCUGGUUCCUGCAGCACGUCAUCGUUAGGGACCUGCAGACAGCCCGCAGUGCCUUCUUCUUGGUCAAUGACUGGUUGUCGGUGGAGACGGAGGCCAAUGGGGGCCUGGUGGAGAAGGAGGUGCUGGCAGCAAGUGACAUGGCUCUGUGGAGCUUCCGGCGCCUGCUGGUGGCUGAGCUGCAGCGAGGCUUCUUCGACAAGCACAUCUGGCUCUCCAUAUGGGACCGGCCACCUCGAAGCCGCUUCACCCGCAUCCAGAGGGCCACCUGCUGCGUCCUUCUCAUCUGCCUCUUCCUGGGCGCCAAUGCCGUGUGGUACGGGACUGUGGGAGACUCAGCCUACAGCACGGGUCAUGUGUCCAGGCUGAGCCCGCUGAGCGUCGACACAGUCGCCAUUGGCCUGGUGUCCAGUGUGGUUGUCUAUCCCAUCUACCUGGCUGUCCUCUUUCUCUUCCGGAUGUCCCGGAGCAAGGUGGCUGUGGGCCCAAGCCCCACACCCGCCGGGCAGCAGAUGCUGGACAUCGACAGCUGCCUGGGCUCAUCUGUGCUGGACAGCUCCUUCCUCACAUUCUCGGGCCUCCACGCUGAGCAGGCCUUUGCUGGACAGAUGAAGAGUGACUUAUUUCUGGAUGAUUCUAAGAGCCUGGUGUGCUGGCCGUCCAGUGAGGGCACACUCAGUUGGCCGGACCUGCUCAGCGACCCGUCCAUUGUGGGCAGCAACCUGCGGCAGCUGGCUCGGGGCCGGGCAGGCCAUGGGCUGGGCCCAGAGGAGGACAGCCUCUCCCUGGCCAGCCCCUACUCUCCAGCCAAAUCCUCAGCAUCAGAUGAAGAUCUGAUCCGGCAGGUGCUUGCCCCCACCCAGGAUACCCAAGUGGAAACGGACCUGCUCACCAGCCUGUCCAGCACUCCUGGGGAGAAGACAGAGGCGCUGGUGCUGCAGAGACUGGGGGAGCCAGGGCUCCCCAGCCCGGGCCUGACCUGGGAAGAGCCCCAGGCAGCGAGGCUCUCCAGGACAGGUGUGCUUGCACAGGCCCGGGACACCCCCAGCCCCUCCCUUUGGGCCUCCGGUCACAGGUCUGUCCCUGCAUCCCCAGGACUGGUGGAGGGCCUGCGGAAGCACCUGCUGCCGGCCUGGUGCGCCUCCCUGGCCCACGGGCUCAGUCUGCUUCUGGCGGCUGUGACUGUGGGAGUCUCAGGGUGGGUGGGUGCUGGCUUCCCCCCUGGUGUGAGUGUCGCAUGGCUCCUGUCCAGCAGCGCCAGCUUCCUGGCCUCGUUCCUCGGCUGGGAGCCACUGAAGGUCCUGCUGGAAGCGUUGUACUUCUCACUGGUGGCCAAGCGGCUGCACCCUGAUGAAGACGACACCCUUGUGGAGAGCCCGGCUGUCACGCCUGUGAACACACGUGUGCCCCGUGUACGGCCCCCCCAUGGCUUUGCACUCUUCCUGGCCAAGGAGGAAGCCCGCAAGGUCAAGAGGCUACAUGGCAUGCUGCGGAGCCUGCUGGUGUACAUGCUUUUCCUGCUGGUGACACUGCUGGCCAGCUAUGGGGAUACCUCGUGCCAUGGACACGCCUACCGUCUGCAGAGCGCCAUCAAGCAGGAGCUGCACAGCCAGGCCUUCCUGGCCAUCACUCGGUCUGAGGAGCUCUGGCCAUGGAUGGCCCACGUGCUGCUGCCCUACGUCCAUGGGAACCAGUCCAGGCCAGAGCUGGGGCCCCCACGGCUGCGGCAGGUGCGGCUGCAGGAAGCACUCUGCCCAGACCCUCCUGGUCCCAGGGUCCACAUGUGCUCGGCCGCGGGAGGCUUCAGCACCAGCGACUACAGCGUUGGCUGGGGGAGUCCUCACAAUAGCUCGGGGACAUGGGCCUACUCGGCGCCAGACCUGCUGGGGGCGUGGUCCUGGGGUUUCUGCGCCGUGUAUGACAGUGGGGGCUACGUGCAGGAGCUGGGCCUGAGCCUGGAGGAGAGCCGCGCCCGGCUGCGCUUCCUGGAGCUGCACAACUGGCUGGACAACAGGAGCCGCGCUGUGUUUGUGGAGCUCACGCGCUACAGCCCGGCCGUGGGGCUGCACGCCGCCGUCACGCUGCGCCUCGAGUUCCCGGCAGCUGGCCGCGCCCUGGCCGCCCUCAGCGUGCGCCCAUUCGCGCUGCGCCGUCUCAGCGGGGGCCUCUCACUGCCUCUGCUCACGUCGGUGUGCCUGCUGCUUUUCGCACUGCACUUCGCUGUGGCAGAGGUCCGCACUUGGCACAGGGAGGGGUGCGGGCGCAUGUUGCGGCCCGGGGCCUGGGCGCGGUGGCUGCUGGUGGCGCUAACGGCGGCCACGGCACUGGUCCGACUCGCCCAGCUGGGCGCUGCCGACCACCAGUGGACCCGCUUUGUGCGCGGCCGCCCGCGCCGCUUCAUCAGCUUUGACCAGGUGGCGCAGCUGAGCUCCGCAGCCCGUGGCCUGGCAGCCUCGCUGCUCUUCCUGCUCCUAGUCAAGGCCGCCCAGCAGCUACGCUUCGUGCGCCAGUGGUCCGUCUUUGGCAAGACGUUAUGCCGGGCUCUGCCAGAGCUUUUGGGGGCCACCUUGGGCCUGGUGGUACUUGGGAUAGCCUAUGCCCAGCUGGCUGUCCUGCUUGUGUCCUCCUGCGUGGACUCCCUUUGGAGUGUGGCCCAGGCUCUGUUGGUGCUGUGCCCUGGGGCCGGGUUGUCCACCCCGUGUCCAGCUGAGUCCUGCCACCUGUCACCUCUGCUGUGUAUGGGACUCUGGGCGCUGCGGCUGUGGGGUGCCCUGCGGCUGGGGGCUGUCAUCCUCCGGUGGCGCUACCACGCCCUCCGUGGAGAGCUGUACCGGCCAGCCUGGGAGCCCCAGGAUUAUGAGAUGGUGGAGCUGUUCCUGCGCAGGCUGCGCCUCUGGAUGGGCCUCAGCAAAGUCAAGGAGUUCCGCCACAAAGUCCGCUUUGAAGGGAUGGAGCCGCUGCCCUCCCGCUCCUCCAGGGGCUCCAAGAUCUCCCCGGAUGUGCCCCCACCCAGCGCUGGCUCCGAUGCAUCGCACCCCUCCACCUCCUCCAGCCAGCUGGAUGGGCUGAGCAUGGGCCUGGGCCGGCUGGGACUCAGGAGUGAGCCGGUGCCUGAGCCCUCCCGCCUCCAAGCCGUGUUCGAGGCCCUGCUCACCCAGUUUGACCGACUCAACCAGGCCACAGAAGAUGUGUAUCAGCUGGAGCAGCAACUACACAGCUUGCAAGGCCAUAGGAGCAGCCGGGCCUCCGCUGCUGCUUCGCGUGGCCCAUCCCCGGGCCCACGGCCAGCAAUGCCCAGCCGCCUUGUCCGGGCCAGUCGGGGUGUGGACCUGGCCACUGGCCCUAUCAGGGCACCACUGUGGGCCAAGAACAAGGUCCACCCCAGCAGCACUUAGGCCCCUUCCCUGGGGUGGCGCCUGUGGAGUCACAGUGGACACCACUCAGUAUUACCUUCUGCUGCCCUCAAAGCCACGGGCCAGGCAGAAUGGCUGCACACAGGUUCCCCAGAGAGCAGGCAGGGGUCUCUCUCUGUGGGCUUCAGCACUUUAAAAAGACUGUGUGGCCAGCCAGGACCCAGGGUCCCCUUGCUGGCUCCCUGGGGAUGACACAGCAGUUAGUGGGUAUUGCCAGCCUCUGAAAUGCUAAUUUAUUUCCCCAAGUCCUCAGGUACAGCGGGCUGUGCCCGGCCCCACCCCCUGGGCAGCUGUCCCCCGUGCUAAGGCCGCUGGCUUCAGGGAGGGUUAGCCUGCGCUGCCGCCGCCCUGCCCCUAAGUUAUUACCUCUCCCAUUCCUGCUGCAUUCACCGCGCCGUCUGUGUCUCAUGUCAGUAAUUUAUAUGGUGUUAAAAUGUAUAUUUUUGUAUGUCACUAUUUUCACUGGGGCUGACAGGCCUGGCAGCUGAAACGGCCCUGUGCCCAGAGCUGGCCUCCCGCGCAACACCUGCCUUUCUUGGUAGGCGUGGCCGGGCUUCAGAAGCCCAGCUGCUGCUUGGAUGCGAGCAGGGCCUUGGGCCGGUGCUGGGGGUACGGUCGUCCCCCAGGCAAGGCCUUGUCAUCCUCCCUUGCCCCAGGCCAGGCACUGAGAAAGCAGCACCCAGGCCUGCUGGCAUCGGGUCUGGGUGAGGAACAGGACUAGGAGUGGUGGUUAGAGGAAAAGACCCCUCCUGGGGGCUGGCUCCCAGGGUGGAGGAAGGUGAGCAUGUGUGUGUGUGAGUGUGCGCUGUGUGGCCUGGGCAGCCCCAGGGCCCUCGGAGCUGGCUGCGCCUGCCUCUGUGUACCACUUCUGCAGCCUCAACGCCCCCCAAGCAGACAAGGUCAAUAAAGAGUGUCUGACUGCA